AUGGCUGAUCAAUUGUCGGAAGAGCAGAUCUCAGAGUUCAAGGAAGCGUUCUCCCUGUUCGACAAAGAUGGGGAUGGCACAAUCACCACCAAGGAACUCGGUACCGUCAUGCGCUCACUCGGACAAAACCCCACCGAGGCAGAGCUACAGGACAUGAUCAACGAAGUUGAUGCGGACGGUAACGGGACGAUCGACUUCCCCGAGUUCCUCACCAUGAUGGCCCGCAAGAUGCGCGACACAGACAGUGAGGAGGAAAUAAAGGAGGCGUUCAAGGUGUUUGAUAAAGACGGCAAUGGAUACAUCAGCGCAGCCGAGCUGCGGCAUGUCAUGACCAAUCUCGGUGAAAAGCUGUCUGAUACUGAAGUCGAUGAGAUGAUCCGCGAGGCUGAUGUUGACGGGGACGGCCAGAUUAACUAUGAUGAAUUUGUAAAGAUGAUGCUCUCGAAAUGA